AUGGAUUGUGAUAGAGGGUGUUCAGGGUCUAUUAAUUGUCCUCCCUAUUUUAAUGGGGAAGAUUAUGCUCAAUGGAAAACCAUGAUGCAAGCGUUCUUGCAUGCACAAGAUGAGCACAUCUGGAAUAUUGUUGAAACCGGAUGGGAACUUCCCACAAAAACUAAGUCAGAGGCUACUGAGAGUUCUGCCACUGUAAUAGAACUCAAGCCAAGGGGUGAGUGGUCAACAAGUGAGGUGCGUGACUAUAACAAUGAUGUUAAAGCACAACACAGCUUGUAUACAGCCCUUUCUAAGAAAGAGGGGAAGCGUAUUGGGACUUGUAAGACUGCAAAGAAGGCAUGUGAUCUUCUCCAAAUGACAUAUGAGGGUAAUAAAAGAGUUAGAGCUCAAAAACUUCAGAGACUAACUCUUGAAUUUGAAAAUAUGUUCAUGAGAGAGGAUGAAUCAAAUGAUGACUUCCACUCUAGGCUAAUAAACGUGACGAAUGAAUGUGAGAGCCUAGGUGAUCCUAUUGCUAAACAUAGAAUUGUGAAAAAGUUUCUUAGAUCCUUGCCAGCAAGUUUUUUGUCCAAAAAAACUGCCAUUGAAGAAGUUCAAGACUUAGAAAUUUAUUCUUUAGAUGAACUUCUUGGAAAUCUUCAAACCUUUGAAAUGAAGAUUAAGCCAGUUAAAAAGGAAAAAGAAAAUGACUUAGAGUUUACUUCUAAGGACUUUGCUCUUCUUUCUAAACAAUACAAAAAGUUUCUUAGGGCUGGACAUUCCUUUCAAGAAGUCAAGAAUUCAUCAGGAUCAAGUUCUAGAAAAAUUUCUUUUAGUGAAAAUCCUAAAUGUUUUGAGUGUCAAGGUUUUGGGCACCUUGCUAUUGAUUGUGGGAAUAGGAAGUAUAAAGCUCGCACAAGUAAGGCCAUGAAAUCUACUUGGAGUGAUUCUGAGAAUGAGGAACAAAACUUUGCUUUGACUGCUACUCUUCAUUCUACUUCCUCAAGUGAUUCUGACGAUGAUGAGCAUAAUAAUGAAUAG